AUGAAUCGCAUUCUGGUGAUAUUGUCGAUGGCUGUGGUCGCCGUCUUCGGCAAUGCCAUAACGCAGCCUGUGGAGGAUAGUUCAUCGGCCUCGUCGGGCGUACUUCCUAGCGUUCAUCAAACGCCGAGUUAUACUGGGAUGGCGAUUUCGCGCCAGAGUAACUAUCCUUCCUCCUACCCAGUGUAUCCCGAGUACAAUGAUCAGAGAUAUUCCGUGCAGACGGGGUACGAAGGAUACGUCGUAUCCCCCAGCGCUGCCGUCGACGAACCCGAGGCAACCGGGUAUUCCGGAUUAUGGUCCGUAAUGUCGCCGGUAUCGAGAUUCGCCCUGACCUACGGUGCCAGGAUUGGUGUUUAUUUCUUGAAUUUGUUGCUGCUCCUACUUCUCGGAGGAAUCUUUACGACCUCCGUCUGCACCUUCACUCCACUCUGCACGAUCACCAUAUUGGGUUUAGGAAAGGCUCAGGUCAGGGAACAAGUAUCGGAAUUGGCUCGUACCUACAUGACUCCGGAGAGGAUUUCUGCUGCUACUGGUCUGGUGAAAAAGGCGAUCGACAAAUACGCCGCGAUGCAAACGCAGCCCAUCAAUGAGGAGACCAAAGAAACUGACAAGGAAUCUUGAUCUAACAAUCGCUAAAAUACAUUUGUGAUCAUCCACCAUAUUUAUGUCAUUACAACUCAGUCAUAGGCUAUUGUAUCUUUCUUUUUACAUGAAAAUAAAUUGUAAUUGUUAUUAAAUUU